CACAGUUGCAAAUGGCGCCAAUAAGCCACUUCAUUUAUCUUGGAUUGAGAUUUUCGGGUGCUGAGCGAUUACGUUGACUUGGCUGUUGAUGUCGGUUGAACUCGACAUACAGCUUGUGAUGAGCACAUUCACCUGCCACCAGAUGCACGACGCACCAUGACCCUUCAUAGCGUCCACACUCUUUCCACCGGGUGGGAGUUCAAGUGCGACACGGACGAGAAAUGGCUCCCCGUCGCAGAGGUUCCCACCAACGUACACAUCGACCUGAUGCACCAUGGCCUGAUACCGGACCCGUUCGAAGACACGAAAGAGCUGGAAGUCUCCUGGGUCGCCGAGCGGACGUGGCAUUACCGGACAACAUUCCCUACCCCGAGCGACGCGAGGACCAAUGGGGCAAACAUUGAUUUGGUGUUUGAAGGGCUCGACACGUUUGCGACGGUGACGGUCAAUGACAGAGUCGUACUCGAGUGCGACAACAUGUUUGUUGAGCACCGAGUCAGCGUCGGCGAGCUUCUGGCCGCUGAGACUGAGGCGGAAAACACGCUGGAGAUUGUGUUUGCGCCCGCGCGCCGUCGAGGUCUCGAGAUCGUCGCAGCUCACCCAGAGCACGAUUUCAUCGUCCAUCAAACCGAGGUCAGUCGGGGACCCGUUAGAAAGGCCCAGUGCCAUUGGGGCUGGGAUUGGGGCCCGAUACUGCUGACCUGCGGGCCGUGGAAGCCUGUGAAGCUGGAGACGUAUGUCAGCAGGAUCCAAGACACUCGGGUGAACUACGACAUUCACAUCAGUCAGGGAGCACAACCCGUGGUCGAGGCUACCGUCCAUGCCGAUGUUCUUGGUCCAGCGGCAGAGGUUGUCGUCGAGCUGAUCAUGCCAGGCGAAAGAGUGGUGACUCUGAGGGACCGCAACGGUGAUGUCCCUGGUGGUGCGUCGUCAUGGAGCUACACAUCCGCGAAGCUUAGCAUCGAGGAUCCACCGCUAUGGUGGCCCCGAGGUUACGGCCCGCAACACCUGUGCCAGCUGCGGGUGCGAAGCAUUGCCGGCGAUGGCGUCACCAUUCUUGCGGAAGCACAGCAGGCCGUGGGCUUCCGCAAGGUUGAGCUGAUACAAGAGGAAGACCAAUUUGGCAGAAGCUUCUUCUUCCGCAUCAACGGGGUGGACGUCUUCUCUGGCGGCUCCUGCUGGAUCCCAGCCGACAGUUUCCUUCCCCACAUCUCCAACCAGCGGUACCGGGACUGGAUCGAGCUCCUUGCCGAGGGAAAUCAAAACAUGGUGAGGGUCUGGGGAGGCGGCAUCUACGAGUCCGACGCUUUCUACGCUGCCUGCGACGAGCUGGGCAUCCUGGUGUGGCAGGACUUCAUGUUCGCCUGCGCCUCAUACCCAACCUACCCCGACUUCCUCGCCUCUGUCACGACAGAAGCGCAGCAGAACGUCCGCCGCCUUCGUCACCAUCCCUCAAUCGUCCUCUGGUGCGGAAACAACGAGGACUACCAGCUCAUCGAGCGCUACAACCUCGAGUACAACUUCGAGUCGGACAAGGACCCGCUGUCCUGGCUCAAAUCCACCUUUCCGGCACGCUACAUCUACGAAUACCUCCUGCCCAACAUCGUCAAAGCGGAGUCGCCCUCGGCGAUCUACCACCCCGGCAGCCCCUGGGGCAACGGCACCAGCACAACCCUCAAGGUCGACCCCACAGUCGGCGACGUGCACCAGUGGGACCUGUGGAACGGCGAGGCCAGGCCGUGGCAGCAGCUGCCGCAGAUGGGCGGGCGGUUCGUCAGCGAAUUCGGCAUGGUGGCCUACCCGCACGCCGACAGCCUUGAGCGGUUCGUCACGGACCCGGCGGAGCGAUACGCAGGCAGCCGCACGAUGGACUUCCACAACAAAGCCGUCGUGCACGAGCGCAGGCUGCUCGCGUACGUGGGCGAGAACUUCCGCACCGAGUGGGCGGCGGCGGGCGGCCUGGCCGCGUUCGCGCACCUGACGCAGGUCCUGCAGGCGGACGCGCUCGCCGCCGGGUACCGGGCCUGGCGGCGGCAGUGGGGCAGCCGCCAGGGGGACGGCGGCGGUGCCCGCCGCUGCGGCGGCGUGCUGGUCUGGCAGCUGAACGACUGCUGGCCCGCCGUGUCGUGGGCCAUCGCGGACUACUACCUGGUCAAGAAGCCGGCCUACUACGCCAUCAAGAGGGCCCUGGCGCCGCUCGCCGUCGGGGUGUCGCGCAAGUUCCAUGACUGGACGACGCGGCCCGCGGACGAGCUCUGGAGGAGGAACACGGGCCAUGUUGACCCGAGGAGGGCGUUGACAGAUAUCCGGUUUGAUGUUUGGGUUGUCAGCUCGAGGUUGGAGAGCGUGCGCGGGAAGGUGAGAGUGAGAUUCGUCUCGGUCAGGACCGGGCAGGAGGUGAGGCAAAGCAUUGAGAAAGAGGUGGAAGUGCAGCCGAAUGGUUGCACCGAGGUGCUGGAGGGGUGUGAAUUUGAUUGGGGCGAGGCAGUGGUGCCGGAGCCGGAGCACUUUGUGAUUUACGCCUCGCUAUGGCUGGAUGGUGCUCAGGUGAGCAGCGACACCUCUUGGCCAGAUCCCAUCAAAUACCUUGACUUUCCGGACCGCGGCGUCGAGGUCAAACGCGUCGGUCAGGGGCUGGUGGAAGUCACAGCCAAGAGACCGGUCAAAGGAUUCGUUUUCUCCGAGAGAAGCGGCGUCCACCUCGACGACAACGGAUUUGAUCUUAUCCCUCAAGAAGAGCCAAAAGUUGUGCGGUUUGAGGGCACCACGGAGGAGCUGGCAUGGACAUUUGUUGGUCGUUGAUGGCACUGCUAUUGCACCCUACCGCAUUAUUACUUGCAAGCAUGAGGGCACCAUUCAGCGA